AUGUUGAAAAAGGCAAGAAGAUCUUUAUUCAGAAAUGUUCUCAGUGCCACACAGUUGACAAAGGUGGAAAGCACAAGACAGGACCAAAUCUUUGGGGUUUAUUUGGCCGCAAAACAGGACAAGCUGCAGGAUUUUCUUACUCAGAUGCUAACAAAAACAAAGGAUCGACGUUUUAAUGAUGAGAUUGACAAACUGACUGGAUACAAGACAAAGUCACUCUUGUGCAUGCCUAUAAGAAACAGUGAUGGAGAGAUUAUUGGUGUUGCCCAAGCAAUAAAUAAGACUCCCGGAGGUGCCCCUUUUUCUGAUGAUGAUGAAAAAGUGAUGCAGAUGUAUCUGCCAUUCUGUGGGAUUGCCAUAUCCAAUGCCCAGUUAUUUGCAGCUUCAAGGAAGGAAUAUGACAGAAGCAGGGCUUUACUGGAGGUAGUGAAUGACCUCUUUGAGGAACAAACUGAUUUAGAGAAAAUUGUCAAGAAAAUUAUGCAUCGGGCUCAGACUCUGCUGAAGUGUGAACGGUGCUCAGUGUUACUUCUGGAAGAUAUUGAAUCACCAGUGGUGAAAUUCACUAAAUCCUUUGAGUUGUUAUCUCCAAAAUGCAGUGCUGAUACUGACAACUGUUUCAAAGACAGUGUGGAGAAAUCAUCAUCCUAUUCCGACUGGCUAAUAAAUAAUAGCAUUGCUGAACUUGUAGCUUCCACGGGUCUCCCAGUGAACAUCAGUGAUGCCUAUCAGGAUCCGCGCUUUGAUGCUGAAGCUGACCAAAUUUCUGGCUUUCACAUAAGGUCUGUUCUGUGUGUUCCUAUAUGGAAUAGCAACCACCAAAUAAUUGGGGUAGCUCAAGUGUUGAACAGACUUGAUGGGAAACCCUUUGAUGAUGCCGACCAGCGACUGUUUGAAGCUUUUGUUAUUUUUUGUGGCCUGGGUAUCAACAACACCAUUAUGUAUGACCAAGUGAAGAAAUCCUGGGCAAAACAGUCAGUGGCUCUUGACGUGUUAUCUUACCAUGCAACAUGUUCGAAGGCAGAAGUUGAUAAAUUUAAGGCAGCAAACAUCCCACUGGUGUCAGAGCUUGGCAUUGAUGAUAUCCAUUUUGAUGACUUCUCACUUGAUGUGGAUGCCAUGAUUACUGCAGCCCUGCGGAUGUUCAUGGAACUUGGAAUGGUUCAGAAAUUUAAAAUUGACUACGAGACGCUGUGUAGGUGGCUUUUGACGGUUCGGAAGAAUUAUCGAAUGGUUUUGUAUCACAACUGGAGACACGCUUUCAAUGUCUGCCAGCUAAUGUUUGCCAUGUUAACUACUGCAGGAUUUCAGGAGAUUCUGACUGAAAUUGAAAUUUUAGCUUUGAUUGUGGGAUGCUUAUGUCAUGACCUUGACCACAGGGGAACCAACAAUGCCUUCCAAGCCAAGAGCGGAUCAGCGUUAGCUCAGCUCUAUGGCACCUCUGCUACCUUGGAGCACCACCAUUUCAAUCAUGCUGUCAUGAUUCUCCAAAGUGAGGGUCACAACAUCUUUGCUAACUUGUCCUCUAAGGACUACAGUGACCUUAUGCAGCUUCUAAAGCAAUCGAUAUUGGCAACAGACCUCACUCUGUAUUUUGAGAGAAGGACCGAAUUUUUUGAACUUGUCAGUAAAGGUGGUUAUGAUUGGAAUAUAAAAAACCACCGAGAAAUAUUUCGAUCAAUGCUAAUGACAGCCUGUGACCUUGGAGCUGUGACCAAACCGUGGGAGAUUUCAAGACAGGCAGCUGAGCUGGUAACCAGUGAGUUCUUUGAACAAGGAGACAGAGAAAGAUCUGAACUCAAACUCAUCCCUUCGGCCAUUUUUGAUCGGAACAGGAAAGAUGAACUACCCAGGUUGCAGCUCGAGUGGAUUGAUAGCAUCUGCAUGCCAUUGUAUGAGUGUCUAGUGAAGCUGAAUGUGAAACUGAAGCCUAUGCUGGACUCUGUGGCAGUAAAUAGAGGUAAAUGGGAGGAGCUGCACCAAAAAAGACUUCCUUCUCAGGCGGCAUCCUCAUCCUCCUUUUCCUCUAGCUUUACCAUGUCCCUCAAAGACAUAAAUUAAGCCUGCAAAUGCCAGUGUCGCUUUUCGAUAAGAGCUGUCUGAAAGGUUUUCAUAAGCUUUGGCCCACCGUUUUUUUGAGAAAUACUUUCACAGACGUGCUUAAUUGAUUGGAUAUUAUCUUGACAGCAUAGUUUUCUUUUACUGGGAGGCUUAGUGGGACUGAAAGGAAAGUCUGCAGUGAGACCGUGCUGGUAUCUGGAGCGGCACGGAAGACAGCACAAGAAGCAUUCAUUCAGCUCCACUACAUUUCAACUGCUGCUGUAAAAAUCUGUAAAGCUGACAACAGACUGAAAUAUAAGAACUUACAGCUUAAUAAAAUUAAUAGUACAGAGCAAAACUGGGAUGCAAGCUGGUCAAAUCAUAUGCAAGGAGCUGCAGGAAAACAGAAUAGUAUGUAAUUACAUUGUUGUUUUGCAUCUCUGCAGUACACGUUAUGAAUCAAUUAUGCCUGCUUUUGUGAUGUUCCUCUCUUCCCUCCUCUUUUAUGCCUGAAUGUUCUGAAAAGCCUGCUUUGUAUUCUAAAGAAGUAUUUUUUUACAACAAAGCUUCUUAGUGAUUGAUCAGGGCCUUUAGAAUUGCCUACCUUUGCUACAUUUAAAAACAAACUUUAUUAUCUUUAAAAACACCAACCUGUCCCUGCUUCCCUGAGAAAUUCAUACUAACAGUGCAGUAAAUUUCUUAGCAAGGGGAAGUUUGCAUAAAGGUAAAAUAUUGCAUGGUAAUUUUAGAGGGUUUUUUUUUCUUUUCUCUAAAAAACGCUCUUUUAACACCUUUUUUUUUUUCAUCACAGUGUCCCCUAAGGAAAAAAUUAAUAGGCUUUAAUGAAAAUAGAAUACAAAUAAAAAAGUAAAUCUGCUGCCUUGUGCUUCAGGUUUAUAUUACGUUGAAAAGUCAACCAUAGAUAAGCCUUUCUAGUAUAACUUCCAGUUGAAAUUAAUAUUUUGAAAUGGUGGAGAGGAAGAGUAUCAUCACACUGGACUGACUACCUCUUACUUCUCUUGCAGUUCUUUCAGUACAAUUUGAGAUGCUAUUAUUACAGCUAGCACAGCACUAGUCAAGGCUCUCAUGUAGACGUCUGUGGUAGAGGUGUUCAUAAAAAUCUAAUCAAACAUGAUAGGUCACAAAACCAAACGUGUCUAGUUCUGUGUGAUGACACUAGUAUUACCUGAAAGCUGGUCUCUUUCCAUUAGUGCAAAGAUCACUAGUGUAGCAAAACUGUGAUCUAUGAUAUGAGGGUGCUUUCUCUGCUGCAUGACCUGACACAAGAGGAGUCAUGUUGCAGGGCUUACAAUUCCCAUUUAUAGGGGAAAAAAAAAAAAGCCUUUGUACUCCAUGAAAAAUGGAAUUCUAAAUAUAGGGUUGUCUGGCAGUAGAAACUAAAGCUGAGUUCAGCUUAGUUUUACACCUGUGCCAAACUCCAUUUACUUCAGUGGAAUUACCUUGAACUGGCACCAACUUAAUGGAAAUCAGAACCUGGCCCGGCUGACCACAUGCUAAAAGAGCUUUCCUGCUCUCUAAGGAAAGAGAGUCAUUAAUGAUGUAUAAAAGCUGACUACAUAUGUCUGACAAACAGAAACAACAAAUCUGCUGAUCGCUUUAAAAAAAAAACAAAAACAAAACUCACAACAAAACAAAACCCCUCUGUGCCAUUAAUCCUGUGUCUAGGAAAAUAGCUGGAAAUUUCAGUACCAUUGCAAGCCAAUCCUUUAGUACGCAACCGAACCACAUCCCUUUCUCUAGCAGAAAGAAGCAGGGAAAGAGCAGAAAUGCAGACUGCAGAGUAGUGAAUAUAUGCACCAAAUAGAAUGUUUCUGCUAUUAUUUUACCACUUCUUUCUUCCCUCAAUAAAGACAGAUGCCGGAUAGUAAGCAGCAAGCCAUACAGAACUUAAAACACGUAUUUGAUGGGAGAAAGAGAUACAAGGAACUGGCAUAGCACUGCUGGCAGGCACAUACACAGCUUUCCUGAAUUUUGAUAUGGCAUAUUGCUAAGUAUAACGUAAUUUAUAGUGCAUACCCUACAGCUUCCCCCAAGGUUGAGUCUCCCCUCAUUUCCUCUCCCUUUUAUUGGCUUCAGUGCGCUGUUGCCCAUGGCAACACCCACUGGCAGGGAUGGGGAUUCAGCACCACCGCAACCUGACAUACAGCUGAAGUUCUAACAAUGUCAACCAUCAAUCAAGUGACUGUUUGUAAUUGCCUCCAUCUAUUUCUCCUGUCUUUCGGUAUCUUUGUUAUUGUGGGUCAAAAUUCAGAAACUGCUGACUAAUGUUAUGGUUCUGUUCCUCCAUCACAAGGAAGAAAAUGAGAGAGCACGGCUAGAUCGUUAUCAAAUUGUUCUCAGGCAAAACGAAGCAACCCUGCUGAAGCUGGGGGGGCACCACCAGCGUGUCUCAGAACAGCACCGGGGCUCUGAAAGCAGUAUAGCUCAAUCUAAAAACAAAACCAACCAACCAAAAAAGAAUCUUAUACUUUUUUUUUCUUAACUCUUAGCUUAGAAAUUAGCAAAAGAUUUCCAUUUUUGAGAGAAAAAUUCUUUGUGGAAGCAUGCAGUACAGUAAAUAAACAUAUUGCAAGUUUCUCAUAUUUUAAGAUGGUGGAAAACACUUUUUCCAGUACUUCAGUCAGUUUUGCCAAACUCUUCCAAGAUGUGCACAGGAGAGAUGACUGUGUAGGUUGUUAAAAUGGCAUUCUCCAUUUUCUACUUGUUUCCCUGCCCUCUGCACAAGGGGAGAUCAAAACCUACUGAAAUUAGUUUAGUUCUGUGAGUGCGUAUAAAACACAGGUCUACAAGAGAUGAGGAACUGACAAUCAAACAGAAACAACAGAUCUGCUGAUCACUUUAAAAAAAAAAAAAUUAGCGAGCACGUGGAGAAGAGGACCGAGAACCCACUGUUACACAGGACUGUGCUAGAAACGCACUGCUUGGCCCUUUCCCUAGAGAUGCCCAACACAUCCACUCUGCUUCAUCAACAGACAAACCAUCACUUAUUUUCCCCAGCAGUGAGUGGAAAUUUGGCCUUUGAUGAGGGCUCUAGCAUCUACAAUUCCAAUGCUAAAACAUGGUGAGCACAUGGACCAUCCUUAGGGUCACAGGGGCUUCAUUCUCCCCAAAAGGAGCUUCAAGCUGGUUCAACAGCAAUGCCAUUUUUCUAGGUAUCCUACUGAGUAGUAGUAACCGCACCCUGAACUCGGUCAGGUUUCUUGUCUCAUGACAUGAGGUCUCACAGGAGUCAGCCAGUAGCCCCCACUUUAUCAGCAGAAAAUGCUCAGGAGAUCUAGGUCUUCAUCCCCAUCCUCAAAGAUAGUUCAGACCACACAGUAAUUCCACUCAGGAUUCCCACCUGCAAGGCUGCUGGCCAUAAUCAACCUUUCCUCAUGAAUUAAAAAAAAAAAUAAAAAUGCAAAAGCAUAAACACCCUAGCAUUGUGUAGGGUAUUCAGGAAGAAGCCUGACGUUUAAUCAUACUUGAUUAAUUGAAGCAGGCUUUCGAAACUGCAUGUACACCUUCCCCACCAGAAUGUGGGGAGUCAGAAGGGUGGGCUUGUCUCCUGCCAAAGCCCCUUACAUGUACCCAGCAAGGAGAUGGGUACAGCCCUGAUUUCUGCUUCACUCCUGGGAGAUGCACAGAGCAGACAGGCUGCCAGGGAAGAGCUCAGGAGGGGCUCAUAUGUAAUUAAAGCCCUCCCCUGCAACAUGACACUGUGACCCCACCAGAAAACCGAACACUGUUCAAGGCGAGGAGCACCUGGCGCAGAAGCUCUCCUGUGGUUCAGACAGAAGAGUUUCCCACCUUCUGAAAAUGAGAUAUCCAAGAGGUGUCUUUGACGGUAAUUCGAGUAGUAAAAUCUGACAAUUUCCCCUGAAAGUGCCCCAUCAUUUUGCCUUUCUCCCAGCCUGGCACUGACAGGUGAAACAGAACAGCUUCAACACAAUGCGAUCAAGCUGUAGACAUUGGCUUCCGUCAGGAUGUGGUUUUUGCUCCUGCUCCAAAGCAGAAUCACACUUAGAAGGUCAGACAGCAGUAGCUCACGGAAGUGUAACCUGGAUGCCUCAUGUGGCAACGGGACGCUGAAGUCCCCACGCAGCUCCAUCACAGCCAACCCCCACUAUCUACAGGGCCAGGGCUCUUGCUGAGAAGGGCGUUGGUCUGUUUCAUGCCCUGCAGAAAAUAGCUGUAGACUAGAGGAGUAUGUUUCAUUUUAGCUCAGGUAUUCCUUCAGAUGGUGUCCUUGAUACAGGAGCUGUGUUUUUCUGGACUGGUGACCUAGCUAAUUGCUCCUUCCUGUAGUGCACUGCAAUCUCGUAACGUGCCUGUAGUUAUCAACAAAGCCAAUACUAGUACUCACAAACUAUUUUUUGAAAACUGCAGCCAGCAGUGCCUAACGCCAUUUGUAAUAUUUAGACAAACUCACCCUAGUGGAAAAAUAGGAGUGUUUCAGUCUACAGGCCAAAUACUUCUUUUUCCCUUCAUAAAAUCAAACCAGUUUUAGUUAUUGAUAGAUCGUUUAUACAUUGAGUGAAAUUUCAGAACAGGUUUAUUUCAAGGUUAUAUAAAACAUACUAUCAGACGAUUCCAAUGCUUAGAGUGUUCUGGGCAAGAAAAUAUAAAGCAAGAUAUUUUUUGAAUUGGCUUUGUCAAAUAAACAGAAGACUUUUAAGAGUAAAAUCAUGUGGUUUUCUAACGUAACAAUGAAAUGGGAGGUAUAAAUAAGCUGAAAUGAGAGAUCCCAGAGAUUUCCAUCACUUGAAUGUGCCAGUAUUGGAACACACACUUUAUAUUGUUUGUUACCUCUUCUUUUUUGGCUUACUUUUAUUUAAUUACUGAUUUAUAAGCAUGUUGGACACUGCAUCUUACAGUUGUGCAGGAAAUACCAUUAUCAGCUUUGAACCUUUGCUAUGGGAAACAACUGACACAUGCAGAGAAAUACUGUAUUUUCUAAUGCAAGUGAGUCCUACAUACUUUCCAAAUGUAUAACUGGAGACUUCUGCAUCCUUUUCCUUUUUGCAUUUUAAGAUCCUUACCCUCAUUGUUUUGCUUUAGUAUAUCAAACAAUGCUGAUCCAGCUUUUUAAAGCAUGUUUUUGAAAUUAACAACUUGGUCUCUCUAAAAAAAAAUAAAUCAUUUUAAUGGCUUGC